AUGGCCCAGCCCGCACAGUAUGCCUUGAGGGGGCAGGCGAAGGCGCCACACGCGCCACCUGCGCCACGUGCGCCACGUGCGCCACGCGUCACGCCAGCGUCACGCUCGUCCGAAAGGACGGCGAGACAUGGUCAGUUCCAAGGUCACUUCGCUUGGGCUCCCAUUGGGGCCGCCGCGUGCCUCUCCUCCCGGCGAAGUGGUCACACCAAACGCUCCAAGCGGUUUACGCUGGUCAGAGCAGCAGUGUCCGAGAUCUCCUGGGAGGAGGACGUCGUCGAGAAGCUACCCAUUCCAAAGGGAACACCUGUGAAGGCGGGCGUGACUACCUCACCGAUGGCGGCGCUGUUUGACUACGUUUGGAAGCCAAAGACAGUGGAAGAUAGUAUUGAUGCUGGUGUUCAUCCAGCUGUAGCAGAGCUGCGAAGGAAGGAGGCUGACAAGCAGAGAACAGUCACUGAUGCCAUCGUGGGAAAGAGAUGGCAUGGACAGAGCCGUGCAGCGCCGGAAGUCGACAUCAACAAGUUGAGCACCAUGGACUCGGCCUUCGAUCCUUCGCAGUUCUUCAAGCAGGCCAAGAAGAUGGGUGUUCAUCCAUUAGACUUCAUGGAAAAGAAGGUCAUGGAGCCCUCAAUCCCUGGAGCUGGCAGUAGCAAGGACAAGAAAAAGGACAAGAAGAAGAAGGAGAAGAGCAAAGACAAGAAGAAGAAGAAGGACAAGAAGAAGAAGAAAAAGAAGAAGAAGAAGAAAGCCUCUUCCUCCUCCUCUUCUUCUGGUUCAUCGUCGGGCUCAUCUGCAAAGAAAAGGAAGGCUGAAGAAGAGCUUCAGCAGUAUCAGAUGAGAAUAGCAGAGGCGAGGCAGAAGCAACAGGCCAUCGCAGAGCUCGAACAGAUGAAGGCGGAUCGUCGCGCCGCCCAAGAAGCCAAAGAACGCGCCUCGAGGCAGCGCAUGGUGCCAAUGAGGCCGGAAGAGGGACACGCCAUGGCCAGGCAACUGGAGCAGCAGUACUUCUCACAGUUCAAGGUCUUGGGCGGAAAGCAGUUGCCCGAGCCCGGCUGA